AUGGAGCAACCUUCGAGGUAUGUUGCUCAAGAAAAGUCAUCUAAGAUGUGUUUAUUGCGGAAGGUGAUUUACAAACUCAAGUACAAUUAACGCACUUGAUUAAUUGAGUUCAAUGGUCUUCUCACCAUAUUUGGUUUCUCGUCAUGUGAUCCAGAUCUCAUUGCACUCACAAAAAAGAUUAAGGGUGACCUAGUCAUUCUUACAGUAUAUGUCGACGACAUUCUUGUGACUGAAAAUGAUGAAGCCGGCAUUCAUUCUACCAAAGCUUAUAUGCAGCAGCACUUCAACAUCCUUGACUUGGAGACUCCAAGAUAUUUUCUUGGGAUCAAGUUUACGUACUAG